AUGUAUAAAUAGAAUGAUUAACUUAAAGGUUGGGAUAUUGAAUAAUCAAUGGAUUCUGAUGAUGGUGAAAGAAAACAAGUCACUUAGGUUUCAAGCAUUACAAAAACUUCGCCGUCAGAUAGGCUAUGUUUAAAGAAGGUAUACUUAAAGAGUCCUCAACUUUCACCACUCAGAGUGCAUCCUUCAAUUCAUUAGACUACUCCACUUCGAAAUUCAAUAUAACAAAAAUUUGUUUUCAGCAAUUAGUUAAUAAAUAAGAAAAAGGAGACAAGCAAGUAUAAUAUUGAGAUGGAGUAAUCCCAGAGAGUAUUUAUUGGAAAUGCAAAAGUGCAAUAACCAGUAAAUAUUGCCCAUUUGCGUAUAAAAUUGAAUGGAAUUCCAGGAUAACCAUAACACAUAAAGGCGUAUACUUAGAAUCAAUUAUAAGCAAUAAUGCAUUUAAAACGUAGAAAUUUAUAUUUGAAAUCAGUACUAAAAAAGGUCUGUCAUGAGAGUGAUGAACGGUAUUCGCAUCAUCAAAAUUAAGAACAACAAGAAAUAUUUCUAGGAUAUAGAUGGAUUGAUGAUGAUACGUAGAAGUUGCAGAGUCAGAACAAUAGUAUGAAUCUAUAGUAUAUGUUUGGAAUAUUAUAGAUUGCAAUCACGUAAGAAUAGUAAUAUGAGACCUAUAAGGGUGAAGCAGCAAUUGUGAGAUUAAUUAACUUUUUUUUCAUAUAUUUUUUUGAUUAAAGAUAUUAAAUAAAUUAUUUAUUUGAAAUGGUAAAGAAGGAGAAGGGAAAGCCAAAUCCAUUAGGUGAAGUGAGCAGAGAUUACACAAUCAAUCUUCAUAAGGGUGUUCACAAGGAAACAUUUAAGAGAAAAGCCCCAAGAGCAGUCUCAUAUAUUGUUAAUUUCGCAAGAAAGAAUAUGCUUACAGAAGAUGUCAGAAUUGACCCAUCUUUGAAUGAGGCAGUGUGGGCUAGAGGAAUCAGAAAUCUUCCCAGAAGAAUCAGAGUCAGAUUACAAAGAAAGAAGAAGGAGGAAGAUGAUGGAAAAGGCAAAUAUUAUACACUUGCUCAACAUGUUCCUGUUGAUACAUUCGAUGGCUUAAAAACAGAAAUCACCAAGUCAUAAUGAUCACAUUACAAUAUAUUAAUAUUAAAAUAUAAUAAUCAGUUAAUGCUAAAUAAAA